UUCAUUCGACCGAUGUACCGAUACGACACAGGUACCUCGUCAUCGAUUUCCUCAUUAUCUAGCAUUUGUUUAAUAAAAAUCGACACUUAUGGAGGUUUUAUGUACAUUUCUUCUGGUGUCCUGGACAGGUGAUAAAUUUUCACGUUCCGGUACAAACACGAAAACUUCCAUUUGUGUUUACACCAGCUAAUAAAUUCUACGACCAAAUGGACCAUGGCUGAAGGUCAACCAGGACAUAGUGAGCCUAGUUUGAGUAUGAAGAUGGUGUUGUCAACUGUGCGUCACAGGUUUAGAAAUGUCCGUCAGCUCUCCACCGACAAGUUAGCCCAGUGGAUGAAGGAACCAAGGGGAGAGAACGCCGGAGAGAGAUCGUCAGCAGAGAAGAGAGAGGUUGUUUUACUGGACACACGGCCAGUGGAAGAGUAUGAGGUCAGCCAUUUACCUGAAGCUGUGAGAAUUGACCCAGAUGUUAAGGACAUCUCCAGUGUGUCACACACCUGGUCACACCGUGACACAGAUUCGGACAAUGCUCGAAGGAUAACCGUAGUAUGUUAUUGCUCACUGGGCUACAGGUCAUCCAGGAUGGUGGAGAGACUACAAGACUACCUGGCCACUAACUCAGGGAAUGUUGACAAGCCAGCAGUAGAGGUAUAUAACUUAGAGGGCAGCCUGUUCAAGUGGGCCAAUGAGGGACGACCUAUGGUGGACUAUAACAACCAACCGACUAUUUAUGCCCACCCAUUCAGCGCGGUCUGGGGACGCCUUCUCUCUGAACGGCUGAGGAGAGAAAAGCCAUCUUGAUGUGAAUU